UGCUACAGGGUUGGAGUUAGACUUUCAGUCCUUCUCCAUCAUACAAACACACACGCACACAUGGAGUAUUACUUCAUCCUCUUACUGUUCACCUGGACGCUAUUACCAGGGCUCUGUUUCUGCUUCAAUAUUGACGUGAAGAGGGCAAAGGUCAUCCAUGGCUCAGAGGAGGCCCAGUUUGGCUACACGGUGCAGCAGCACCAGGCGGAGGGACAGAAAUGGCUGCUGGUGGGAGCUCCGUUUGAGAGCAGUGGUGAUCACCAGACAGGAGAUGUGUACCGCUGUCCCCUGGACCCCCGCCCUGAGGCCAGCUGCUCCAGGCUCCAUCUGGGGAAUGAAUCUAUGAGCUAUGUGUCAGAGCGGAAGGACAAGAUGAGAAUUGGAAUGUCACUGACAUCCAACCCUGAAGAUCAGAGCUUUGUGGCCUGCGGCCCCCUGUGGUCCUAUGAGUGUGGAAGUGCAUACUACAGCACGGGCAUCUGCUCCAGAGUCAACAGCUCCUUCCAGUUCACCAACAACAUUGCCCCGGCCUUCCAGCGAUGCGAGACGUUCAUGGACAUCGUGAUAGUUCUUGAUGGCUCCAACUCUAUUUACCCCUGGUACGAGGUGCAGGACUUUCUCAUCAAUGUACUGCAGAAGUUCUGCGUUGGGUCCGGUCAAACACAGGUUGGAAUCGUGCAGUAUGGGCAGCGGGUCGUGCAUGAGUUUGCCCUGGACGACUACGAGUCGGUGGAGGAGGUGGUACAAGCAGCCCAGAACAUCCAGCAGAGAGGCGGAGAGGAGACGCGCACCGCCCUUGGCAUCAGCAGUGCACGGUCUUUGGCCUUUAAGCGUGGCGGGCGAGAGGGAGCCAGAAAAGUGAUGAUUGUGAUUACUGACGGAGAGUCACAUGACAGUCCUGACCUGCAGAAGGUUGUUGAGGACAGUGAGAAGGACAACAUCACGCUCUACGCCAUUGCUGUGCUGGGUUACUACAACCGUCGGGGCAUCAACCCUGAAGCCUUCCUCAAGGAGAUCAAGUUCAUCGCCACCGACCCUGAUGAACACUUCUUUAGUGUGACUGAUGAGUCAGCCCUCAAGGACAUCGUGGAUGCCCUGGGCGAGAAGAUCUUCAGUCUCGAGGGAACCAACAAAAACAAGACAUCGUUCGAGCUGCAGAUGUCCCAGGCAGGGUUUUCCUCUCACAUAGUGGAGGACGGGGUGCUGGUUGGAGCAGUGGGAGCGUAUGACUGGAAUGGGGCGGUUCUUAAAGAGACGGCUCAUGGGAAAGUGAUCCCUCCCAAGUCCUCCUACAGCUACGAGUUUCCGGAGAGCUUGAAGAACCAUGGGGCCUAUCUUGGUUACACAGUCACGUCAGUGGUAUCAGCUAAACAUGGCCGUUUGUACGUAUCUGGGGCACCACGCUUCAACCACACUGGGAAAGUCAUCAUAUUCACCCUGCAGAAUGAUGGGAACCUCACCAUUCUGCACUCUCUUAAAGGACAGCAGAUUGGGUCAUACUUUGGCAGUGAGAUUGCUCCACUCGACGUCGAUGAGGACCAAGUGACAGACUUCCUGCUGGUGGCGGCACCCAUGUUCUUUAGCGAAGGCUGGGAGAGGGGCAGAGUGCACGUGUACAAAGUCACGGAGGAGACCCGGUUCUUUCUGGUGGGCUCACUGGAGGUGGCCGAGCGUGCCGAGAAUCGCCGCUUUGGUUCUGCGCUGGCGUCGGUGCCGGACCUGAACGGGGACGGCUACAGUGAAGUGGUGGUGGGAGCUCCUCUGGAGGACGACCACCGGGGAGCCAUCUACCUCUUCCACGGCCGAGCUCACGGGCUUCACCCCACACACAAACAGAGGAUCGCUGCUGUAGACGUGGACCCAGGCCUGCGUUACUUCGGCUGCAGCAUCCAUGGGAAGAUGGACGCGAGUGGAGAUGGGCUGGUGGAUCUGGCUGUGGGCUCCCUUGGUGCUGUGGUGCUACUGUGGUCCCGCAGUGUCAUCCGUGUGCACCUAAGUGUGAGUUUUGAGCCUUCAAAGAUUAACGUGUUCAACAAAGACUGCCGACGGGCAGGGAAGGACGUGACGUGCAUGGCUGCCAUUGUGUGUGUGAGGGUUACAGCACAGACCCCCAUGCCACCGACACUGGGAGCAGCUCUGAGGAGGAGUGUGUAUAUAGAUGAGCAUCGAUUCUCCCCCAGGGCAAUGCUGGAUGAUUUAGAGCAUCUCCACUCCAACAUCACUGUGCUCCCGGACAUCCAACACUGCCAACAACUCCACUUCCACGUGCAGGAGACUUCAGAUUAUGUGCGUCCUGUGAUCUUCACUAUGGAGGUAGUCCUGCAGGACCCAGACCAUGGCCCUGUCAUAGAUGAAGACUGGCCAACUACUCUACGAGUGGAGCUGCCCUUCUGGAAUGGAUGUGAAGAGGAUGAACACUGCAUUCCCAACCUCAUCCUGCACAGCCACACUGACCUGCUGGACCUCCAGCAGUUCUGCAGCCAGAGGAAGUGCUCUGGCUGUAUGGUGUGUGAGCAGCAGGGGGCGCUACAGGGCGCGGAGCGUGUGAUGGAGGCCACCCGCAGGCGCAUGUUUGUGGAUGCUCGUCUGGAGAACCGCGGGGAGAACGCGUACGGAACCACUCUCAGGAUCUCCUUCAGCCCCAACCUGGCCUUCUCCAGUCUCGUGCUCAAGGGUUCCUCAGACAUCCAGAUCGACUGCUACAGUAAGUCAGACCGAAGCCACCACAGAAUCUGCAAUGUCAGCACGCCCUUCAUGAGGUCACAGAGUCAGGUGUCUUUCCGUGUGGAGUUUGAGCUGAGCAGGUCGGUCUUCCUGGAUUACGUGCAGGUGACUCUGGAAGCCAGCAGUGAGGGAGAGGAGAGGAGUCUGCAGGACAACCUGAACAACCUCUACUAUCCCAUCAAAUACGAGGGAGACCUCCUCUUCACCAGAGACUCAAACCCAACGCGCUUUGAAAUUAAACCUGAACCUUCUGAAACCAGUCCUGGUGCCAUCGGACCGACCUUUAACCUUUCAUACCAGAUCCAGAAUUUGGGGCUGUUCCCGGUGGAGGAGCUGCAGAUUACUGUGGAGAUGUCGGCUGUCACCAGUGGCGGCAAUCAGCUCCUGCAUAUCAGCCAUUUCCACAUAGACCAGAUGGCAGGCUCACACUGCAACCCCUCCCGCUCCAUCCCUCCGACACGAGCUUUACCUGAAGACCUGUCUCUCACUCCACAGCUGAACCGCUCCAACAGUGUGGCCCUGUCUGUGCAGUGCAGUGUGACCUUACCUGCCCAGGCCCAAGUCGGCGUGUCCAUCGGAGGAUGGCUUCACCUCCACGCCUUACUGGCUGUGCAGUUCAGGAAGCUGGAGCUGGUUACGACUGCUUCAGUGGAACUCAACCCGGCCAGCCCAACUUUCCUGCAUGAAGCUCGGCCAACACGGCAUAUAAUCCUAGAGAUUAGAAAAGAGGAAGAUUACAGAAUUCCCAUCUGGAUUAUAAUCGGGAGCUCGCUGGGAGGCCUGCUGCUUUUAGCUCUGCUUGUCCUGGCGUUAUGGAAGGUGAGUCGUUUCAUCAGGUGUUAUCACUCGUACAGUCAAGUAAUGCUACUGGACGUGCUCAAGGAAGCUACAGGACCUGUUUGA